AUGUUCAAGCAUGGCUUAUACUUCUAUUGUAGCCUUAAACAGCCAUGUAUGUCUCUAGGCCUCCUUACCGUUACCCCGGAAAAAGUCCCCCGCUAUCACUAA